AUGCCUCCCAGAAAGAAACAAGACAACGCAGCUCCUGCUCCUGCUUCGACGAGGGCUACGCGCUCCCGCAAGCAGGCUGCUGCUGCGGCUGCUGAUCCUGUGGAUGAUGAGUCUCACUCCCAAGGACAGGAUAGUGGCGCACCUGCUCCUACCUCUGCCCCUGCCGCCAAACCCACACGCUCCCGCAAACAAGCUGCCGCUCCCGCCAAGGGUCAGACAGAUUCCCAGCCCAUGGAUGACAAGCCAUCCAAGCCAGCCGCCCGUGGCAAGAAGAGCGCCUCAGCUGCCGCUCCAGCAAGCGACGCAGCCGAUGUGCAGGCCUCAGAUGAUAAGCCGGCCAAGUCGGCGGCUCGUGGGAAGAAGAGAGCUGCCCCUGCUGCUCAGGCCAACAGCACUCCUCCCCCUGAGACCAAGAAACCCAAGACGGAGCCACAGCCAGAGGCCCAGUCGCCAGAGCUUGAGGACGCUCAGAUUGCCAAGCCAGGAGUCAAGGUACCCCUGGACGAAGAGAUCUCGGGCGAGUUGAUUGGUUUCGAGGUCUACAUUGAUGAUAAUGGUAUCAUCUACGACGCCUCACUGAACCAGACCAAUGCUGGCGCCAACAACAACAAGUUCUACCGCGUCCAGCUUGUCCGCAAUACUCUCGGCGUUUACCGAACAUGGACGCGCUGGGGUCGUGUUGGAGACCGAGGCCAGAGUGCCAUCUUGGGCGAUGGCACCCUGGCCGACGCCCUUUCAAACUUCAACAAGAAGUUCAAGGAUAAGUCCGGCUUGAAUUGGACUGAUCGUACUGCCCCGCCCAAACCAAAGAAGUACACUUUUGUCGAGCGUAGCUAUGCGCCCGAUUCGGACGACGAGGAGGAAGCCUCGGACAAGAUCAAGGCGGAAGAUGACGCCGAAGCCCCCGAGUCGAAGCUGGCACCUGCUGUUCAAGAUCUCAUGGAGCUAAUCUUUAACCAACAAUACUUCAACGACGUCAUGUCUGCACUAAACUACGAUGUCAAGAAACUGCCCUUGGGGAAGCUGAGCAAGACGACCAUCACUCGUGGUUUCCAAGCGCUGAAGGACCUAUCAGCUCUCUUCAAUGAUCAAUCCCUAGCCCAAAGCUUGUAUGACACUUCCUACGCAGAAGCCGUUGAGAACUUGUCCAACUCCUAUUUCUCCUUCAUUCCUCAUGUGUUCGGUCGAUCGAAACCCCCUGUCAUCAACAACCAAGAUCUGCUCAAGCGAGAAAUAGAUCUUCUCGACAGUCUUGGCGAUAUGAAGGAGGCGGCCGCAAUCUUGAAGAAUGAGCAGAAGGAUACUGAGAGGCUGAACGUUCUUGAUCGACAGUUUCAAGGCCUAGGCAUGGAGGAAAUGACUCCACUCAAGGCUAACAGUACCGAAUUUACACAGCUCAAGAACUAUCUCAUGGACACGAGGGGCUCCACUCAUAACGCCAACUACCAGAUCGACCAGAUCUUCAGAAUCGAGCGCCGUGGUGAGAAGGGCCGCUUUGAUAGCAGUCCGUUCGCGGGACCUCCUCGUGACAGGCGACUUCUGUGGCAUGGGUCACGAUGCACCAACUUCGGUGGUAUUCUGAGUCAAGGUUUGCGCAUUGCGCCUCCUGAGGCACCGGUGUCUGGUUAUAUGUUCGGCAAGGGCAUCUAUCUUGCAGAUAUGAGCUCAAAGUCGGCCAAUUACUGUUGCGCUUACAACACCAACGGCCAUGCUCUUCUGCUUCUCUGCGAAGCCGAGCUCGGAGAUCCUAUGCAACACUUGACGAAUGCUUCCUACAACGCUGGGGAGGAUGCUAAGGCGAAGGGGAUGUUCUCGACCUGGGGUCAGGGCUCCACAGGCCCAAGCCAAUGGAAGGAUGCAGGCUGUGUGCAUCCGUCGUUGCAAGGCGUGAAGAUGCCUGAUACGACGGUUAAGCCGGGUGCGACUGGCGUACCCAACGCCGGCCUAUACUACAACGAGUACAUCGCUUACGAUGUAUCUCAAGUCCGACUUCGAUAUCUUCUUCGUGUCCGAAUGUAG